GCGAGUCCGAAGGAAGUCAAGAGAAACAGAAAGUGGCGUCUAUAGGAACAGAGGGAAACGGAGAUAGCAAGAAAACAUGUUCAAACUGUUUGAUUAUUUCGGGAUAGUGGAGUUAGUGUUUGUGAUGUGAUGUUGGUUGAAGAUUAGUGUUGACCAUGCAAAUUGAAAUGAGUGGAGACGAAAUACACCGAAUGCCUUUGGGCAUUUUCAACGAGAACGUCGAUUCCCAAGAUUUACGCAUGGAGUGGGAAGAGUGGCAUCGUGCUUUUGAGCUGUAUCUGGAGAUGCGGAAAAUAGAGUCUCAGCAUGAGAAAUAUGUGACAAUGCUAUCACUUGGAGGAAGAGGACUGCAGCGUAUUUUCCACAACUUACGAAAAGUUCCGGAAGAAGUUAUUCCUGUACCGGAGAGGUUUCCACUGAUGCCUCCGGAAAUUCCAGAAUACGAUAACGCAGUGAAACGCUUGGAGAAAUUUUUUAUCGGCAAGCGAAACGAACGUGUAGAGCUCGAAGUUUUCCGCUCUCUCACCCAAGGGAGUGAAGAAACGUUUAACAACUUCAUACUCAGACUGCGCUCGCAGGCAUCAAGAUGUGAGUUCCUUGAUCGUGAGGAGACUGAGCUUCUUCAACAGAUUACGAUGGGGGCUAAAGACGAGAAAGUAAAGGACAAAGGAUUGGAGAAUGUUAUGACUUUGGAUGAAGUCAUCAACUACGCUGUGAACCGUGAAAUUCUUAUGAAGCAAAGGGAAAAGCUCAAACCUUUCCGUGGUGAACAGGAGGUAAACAGCGUUAGCCGAGGACAACGUCGAAACAGGCAUGCAAGUCCGAUACGAAAUUUUGAAACGCCUUAUCGAUUUGGCCAACGGACUGAUACCAGACGUCGUGUAUUAAGUGGCAACCGAUCCAGAAUUCAAUGCGAUCGCUGUGGAUCUUCUAGGCAUAUCAAGGAUUCUCGUGAGUGUUUUGCUCGUAGUGCAAUUUGUAACCGUUGUGGACAAAGAGGGCAUUACGCCCGGAAAUGCACCAUUAAUACUGCACAGCAGCAGCGAUCGCGUUUUCCCAGGCGCACAGUUGAACGUUAUUCGGAUGAAUUAAACUCAUUGGCUCGCUCGGAAACAACGUGGAAGGAAGAAGUACCACAUCGUCCGACAGCCGAUGACGUGGCCGAGGUGAACAUGCAAGCCCAUGUUUCCAGUGAUGGAUUGAUACUAUGCCCGAUUGACAAUGUCCCAGUGGAAUUUCUCAUUGACUCGGGAGCCUCGAUAAACACGGUUACCGAGGAUGCUUGGAAUAAACUGUUGCAAGAAAAAGCGAGUAUUUUCAAAAAGAAAUACCAAUGUGAUCGACGCUUACAUGCUUAUGCUAGCAAUGCACCACUUGAUGUGUCGGCUGUGUUCGAGGCCUGGAUAUAUGUGAAUUCGUCGAAACCCAAAACAUAUGCGGGAUUCUUUGCUGUCAAGGAGGCUUCCAAAUGCCUUUUAAGUAAAAGGACGUCUGAAGAACUCCGAGUUCUUAAAGUUGGGCUCGAUGUGCUUCAUGUCAACACGGUUUUCAAACCAUUCCCGAAGUUUCCAGGCAUCAUGGUGAAACUUUCCAUUGACCGAAACGUCCCACCGAAGAAAGUGGCAUACCUCAGAAUUCCUGCAGCUAUGGAGGAAAGAGUUAACGAUAAAAUCCAACAAAUGUUGCUCACCGACGUCAUUUAA